CCAGGAAGAAGACGAAGAAGACAAAGACGAAGAAGACGAAGAAGAAGAAGAAACAACUCACAACAACAACAACACUCAGCAAUGCGAGAACCUGUGUUAAUGCUGAUUUCGUUGAAUACGCCUCCAUAGUGGGAUGGAAUUUGCAUGAUUACAAAUAUUUAAUAUAAUUUCAAGACGACGGUGUAAAUGUGUGCUAAUCAAAGCUGUUUUAUUUUCUGCUCUACCUUGCCAGUAGUGUAGGCUAGCGGACCUUGUGAUCCUGGAAGCUAGCGACACAUAAAAUAGAUUAUCAAGUUAGGUUACUUGCAUUGUCGCGUGACAACACUUUGGUCUUUCUGAAGCGGUUUUGAAGCAGGACACAACAACAGUAGUUAUGGAGGUGGAUGAGGUAGCGACAGUAACAUCUGGGGAGAGUGGAGAAAACAACGGGAAGGUGGAAUCUGAUGAAGAUGAAAAUAUCUUUGGUUCUUCACGUGCGUCUGUUCCCCCCACAAAUGAAAUUCCCAGCAAAAAGACAAAGUUGGAGGACAGUUCUGAUGUUCUCAGUUCAAUAAAAAAUGCAGUGGUGGUGUUGACCAGACUCCCUGAAUAUAAGAUCAGUGCUCUGCGACCACCAACGCCUCAGCAGUUUUACAGUGAAGACGAAUCCCUCAGCAGCUCUGAUUCUGAUACGCAGUGGAAACCAGAGGGUCACUCUAGUGAUUCAGAUUGCCCACUCUCAAACUACAAACGGAAAACUGGAAAACCGAGAACACCCGCAGCACAAACGAGUAGAAAUAACAACAAUGUCUCAGAACUAGCCCCUGUAAUAGUAUCAUCAGCUUUUUCCCACUACUCUAACGAAACCACGAAGAUUCGUCCAGAUUUGCCAGAGGAAGAGGUCAAAGUGGACAUGAUGGUCCUGGCAAAGAAAAAGUCCUUGAAAUGGCAGCGGGGAAAAAUACUGGAGAUAGUAACAAGAGAAGAUGGACGUUUGAAGUACAAAGUUAGUUUUGAAGAAAGGGGGAAGAGCCUUGUGUCAGGCCACCACAUCGCCUUUGACACCCCUGCAAAGCUGGAGCAGCUGUAUGUUGGUGCUCGUGUGGUGGUCAGCUGUCAGGAUAACAAGUCUCAGUUCCAGCCUGGUAUUUUGGCGGAGCUCCCUACUAGAAAGAACCGCUCAAGGUUCUUGGUCUUUCUGGAUGAUCACAUGCCGGUUUAUGUUGGUUUACCUUCACUUCACCUGGUGUGCAGACCAUUGGAAAAUGUUUUAGAUGACAUGCCACACAGCACUCACAAAUCUUUCAUGAGGAAAUACCUUAAGGACUGGCCGUACCCACAUUUAACCCAGUACAGCGUUGGACAGAGCCUCAAUGCUGAACUACAUGGAGUCCAGCAGAGGUGUGAGGUGCUGGUGAUUGACAGCAGCUUGAUGCAGGUUGCUUUUCAGGGUACUCCACAGAAGGAGUGGAUCCAUCGAGGCUCUAUACGACUCGAACACAUGGCAAGGUUUUUGGAACUGACACAAAUGGAAGAGGAUGAGUGUGACUCAGACUAAAAAAAAAAAAAAAAUACAGACUAAGAUAUAUUAAACAACAAAUUGUUAAUAAUUGAAAAAUUAAAAAUAAUUAUCACCAAGAGGUGAUGUGUCAUUGGUUUAUAUUGGGAAACUUUAACUGAACCAUUUCAGGACAAAACAGGAGUUUGAGCGUGAAGUUUGUGUUUGUCCUUACCACAUUCAAGAAUAUGUCAGUUAUAGGACCAACUGUUCUUUUUAUUUUAUAUUUCUUUAUUUUAUCCUACGUAACACAAAUGCAGCACUUACUACCGAAUGUGUUUCUCUGAAUGGACAUGAACAAUGCCCCUCAACAGUACACGGAGCUGUGCAGCUGUCCUGAGAGUUUUUGAGGAUAACAAAUCCUACAGAUCCUUUUCCUAAGAGAAAAUAUUGGCAGUGCAGACGCUGUGCUCCACUCCUGCUCUUGUAUAACACACAACUAUAAAAUUGUAUUUCUUUCAUUACUUGAAAGAAUUUAUUAUUUCAUUAUUAUUUUAGCUUUGUGCACUCGGUAGUUUUUGAGAUACUUUAAUGAUCGGGAAGUGACACUUUAGAUUAUAAAACCCGGAUCUGCCAUUUUGUUGUUUGCUGACUGUGAUACAAUUAGAAGCAGCAGGAAAAGAACACACAACUGUACCCUGCGCCUGACCAGACUUAUCAGUUUGCUCAUUUGCAUGGAGGGCCUGUGGACUUACACCAACUCUGCAAGUGAAUCACCCUGUGCAGCUGCCGUUUCACGUGGAGCUGCGUUUAGGACUGGAACUUCUAGCACGAGAGCUACCACAAGUGAAAUUGCUAACUUUGAUUUAUGCUGUUGUUGUGUUUGGAUGGACUUUCUUUUAAUGAGCUUUCUUAGAAACAGCUCUCUUUUUCUCUGCAGCUGUAGGUGCCAGCUAAUGUUAUUUGUAGUCUUGGUGGUGUUUGGUUCGUUACAUGUCAGAUUCAGUUGCUGUUCUUCACCUGGCUUUUUUUAUUUUAUUUUAUUUCUUUCACUGUUUGUUUUUACUUCAAUAAAUCUGCAAAACGUAA